UGGUGCGCCUCGUCCCGGAAGUGACGCUAGGGGCAGGCGCCGGAUGGGCGGGGCUCGCGGGGAUGACGGCGGUCGGGCGGUGACGGGGCCUUGACGAUGGGCCGGCGGGAGCGAGAUAAGAAGAAAUCUAAGAAACGUCAUUACGAUGAUGACGAUGAUGAUGAAGACGAAACUCCUGGUAGAGAGUCUCAGGAAGCUGUUCCAUCUGCAGCAGGGAAGCAAGUGGAAGAGUCUGGGAUCAAAGUGGAUGAGUAUGGAGCAAAAGACUACAGACUCCAGAUGCUUCUAAAGGCUGAUCAUUGCUCACGUCCACUCUGGGUGGCUCCUGAUGGCCAUGUUUUCCUGGAAGCCUUUUCUCCUGUUUACAAAUAUGCUCAGGAUUUUCUGGUUGCUAUUGCUGAACCUGUGUGCAGGCCAACCCAUAUACACGAAUACAAACUCACUGCUUACUCGCUUUAUGCUGCUGUCAGUGUUGGUUUACAAACAAGUGACAUCACUGAAUAUUUGCAAAAGCUGAGCAAGACUGGUGUCCCAGAUGGAAUAAUUCAGUUUAUCAAGCUGUGUACUGUCAGCUAUGGAAAGGUAAAGCUAGUGCUGAAACACAACAGGUAUUUUGUAGAAAGCACCCACCCUGAAGUCAUCCAGCAGCUUCUUCAGGACCAGGUCAUCAGAGAGUGUCGGCUGAGAAACGCUGAGGGAGAAGAAACAGAGCUCAUCACGGAGACGUUCACGAGUAAAUCAGCAAUUUCAAAAUCCAGUGACGGAGGUCCUUCAACAUCACAAGGGACAGAUGCUCAGAAUAAAUCGGAUGUCCCGGCUGACUUAUUUGAGUUUUACGAGCAGAUGGACAAAGAUGAGGAGGAGGAGGAAGAAACGCAGACUGUAUCUUUUGAAGUCAAGCAGGAAAUGAUUGAAGAGCUUCAGAAGCGUUGCAUCCACUUGGAGUACCCCUUGCUGGCAGAGUAUGACUUCAGAAAUGAUUCAGUGAAUCCUGAUAUUAAUAUAGACCUAAAGCCCACAGCUGUUCUCAGACCUUACCAGGAGAAAAGUCUAAGGAAGAUGUUUGGGAAUGGGCGUGCUAGGUCUGGUGUUAUUGUCCUGCCAUGUGGUGCUGGCAAGUCUUUAGUUGGAGUUACAGCUGCAUGUACAGUCCGUAAGCGUUGCCUGGUACUUGGCAACUCUUCUGUCUCUGUGGAGCAGUGGAAAGCCCAGUUCAAAAUGUGGUCCACCAUAGAUGACAGCCAAAUCUGUCGAUUCACGUCCGAUGCCAAGGACAAGCCUAUCGGCUGCUCUGUUGCCAUUAGCACCUACUCUAUGUUGGGACACACAACUAAGAGGUCUUGGGAGGCAGAGAGAGUAAUGGAAUGGCUUAAAAGUCAAGAGUGGGGCCUUAUGAUACUUGAUGAGGUGCACACCAUACCUGCCAAAAUGUUCAGACGUGUGCUCACCAUUGUGCAAGCUCACUGCAAACUGGGACUGACUGCUACGCUCGUCAGAGAAGACGACAAAAUUGUCGACUUGAAUUUCCUGAUUGGACCAAAACUCUAUGAAGCCAACUGGAUGGAGCUGCAGAACAAUGGCUACAUUGCUAAAGUCCAGUGUGCUGAGGUUUGGUGCCCAAUGUCUCCAGAGUUUUACAGAGAAUAUGUGGCUAUCAAAACAAAGAAGCGGAUAUUGCUCUACACUAUGAACCCAAAUAAAUUCAGAGCAUGCCAGUUCCUGAUCAAAUUUCAUGAGCGAAGGAAUGACAAGAUCAUUGUAUUUGCUGACAAUGUGUUUGCAUUGAAGGAGUAUGCAAUCAGACUGGGGAAACCUUACAUAUAUGGUCCUACUGCACAAGGAGAGAGAAUGCAGAUUCUACAGAACUUCAAGCACAAUCCAAAAAUCAACACUAUCUUUAUUUCCAAGGUAGGUGACACAUCAUUUGAUCUACCAGAAGCCAAUGUUCUGAUUCAGAUUUCGUCCCAUGGUGGGUCUCGAAGACAGGAGGCUCAAAGAUUGGGACGAGUGCUGAGAGCCAAAAAAGGGACGGUUGCGGAGGAAUACAAUGCCUUCUUUUAUUCCCUUGUAUCCCAAGAUACUCAGGAAAUGGCAUAUUCAACCAAACGACAAAGAUUUUUGGUAGAUCAAGGUUACAGCUUCAAGGUAAUCACAAAGCUUGCAGGAAUGGAAGAAGAACAACUUUCAUUUUCAUCUAAAGAAGAGCAGCAGCAGCUUCUUCAGAAAGUCCUGCAAGCAUCUGACCUGGAUGCUGAGGAAGAGGUGGUAGCAGGAGAGUAUGGCUCAAAGUCAACUCAGGUGUCCCGUCGUUUUGGCACAAUGAGCUCUAUGUCUGGAGCAGAUGACGCAGUUUAUAUGGAAUAUCACACUUCACGGAGCAAGGCAUCUUCAAAUAAACAUGUCCAUCCACUUUUCAAACGUUUCAGGAAAUGAUGUAAGAUGUGGAUGCAUUUUGUCAAAUUGUGGACUUAUUUAUCCUUCCAUACAGUGGAAUAUGGAGCAUAAAUCUUAUAGACCCUUAAAGGACUCUUUAAUGUGUGGGUAUAUUGCUAACUAUUUAUACAUCUAUAUAUCUGUGCUAAUGGGUGAGGCUGAAAAACUGAAGGAACUAUCUCUCACCACAGUGAAAGAUGUUAUAGAAGGACUGAACCCUGGUUAUGUCUGUGUGGUGUUCCCAAGGUAAUAAAACCUUUAUUUUUAUCAAGUGAAUUUAAAGACCACUUUUUAAGCAAAUGCUGCAAAUGUGAUUUUUUUGUAUAUCAAGUUUGUACCAGUGUUUAAAAUUUUAUUUAUAUCAUAAAUAUUCUAGUUGAAAAAAACAUAGAGAAGUCUAAAAUGCUUGAAGGAAAAGAUUCAAUAAAACUUGAAUAAAAAUCA